CCCUGAAUUUUCUGCAUGUUUAAAUCACUUCUCAGAGUUUAUUUUCAUGGGAGUAGAGUUCUUUUCAGGGUCUUGGCUAGUCGUUAGGGGAACAUCCAAUUUCACCAACUAUUAUUUUUUGGCCACAGACCUCCAAAAAUGUUUCCUCUCUUUGAAUGCAUCCCAUUGCUGUGGUCAGACCAGGUUAUUAGUUCUUACCCACAUUGUUCAGGCUCAGAGACUUCAGGGCUGAGAUAACCGCUUGCACACGGGACAAAGCCCUGGCCGCUAAACCGAAAGGAAUUUCCAAGAGUUUAUUAACGACUUGUUACAACUUUUUGGUACUUAUCCGGGAGAGCCACAGGCCCUGCCCACGCGACCCGAGAGGCGGGAAGCUGCAGAGAGGGAAGCCCCUCCGUCGCAAGGGGCGGAGGCAGCAGCUUUAGCCCACGGGGUGAAUAAAGUUCAUUCCUCGUCACUUCCCGCGUUCAGUUUCGUUUCCCAGCAGAGCCCUCCCCGUCAGCCGUGCCCGGAGCUGCAGCCAUGGCCCAGGCAAAGGCCAUGGCCGGGCUGAAGGAAGAGCUGACCUGUCCCAUCUGCCUGGACAUCUACAGGGACCCCACGAGCGUGGACUGCAGCCACAGCUUCUGCAAGGAGUGCAUCAAGCAGGCGCUGCGGGGCCAGCAGAGCCCUGCCCGCUGCCCGCUGUGCCACUCGCCCGUCGGGGAGCUGCGGGCCAACUUCCACCUCCGCAACAUCGUGCAGAAGUUCGUGGAUGCUCCCGCGCUCCAGGAGGAGGAACAAGGCAAGGAGAAGGCGGAAAGCUCGGCGCAGGCCGAGGAGGUGCUCCGGUGUGAUUUCUGCCUCCAGGAGCCGCAGCCCGCAGUGAAGACGUGCCUGAGCUGCGAAGCCUCGCUGUGCCAAGCGCACCUGAGCAGGCACAACCUUAAGAACGACCAGAGGAGCCACGUGCUGGUGGAGCCCUGCGACGGCCGGCUUCUGGCUGAGAGGAGAUGCCCCCAGCACGGCAAAGUGCUGGAGUGCUUCUGUGAGACCGACUCGGAGUGCAUCUGCGUCCUGUGCUCCGUCAUCUCCCACAAGAGCCACAAGAUCAUCAGCUUGGAGGAGGCUUUCGGCGAAGCCCAGGAAUCUUUUCCUGGCAUUCUGGAAUCACUGAAAAACCAUGAAGCUGCCGUGGAUAAAGCCAUAGCAAACCUGCUGAAACAAAAAGAGGAACUCAAGGUUUGUUUCAAGACUGAUGAGAGCCAGCGGAGGGAACGGCUGGAGAGCCUGUUCAAGGAGAUGCAGAAGGAGCUAGAGAAGAAAAAAGGGGAGGUCCUGAAAGUUCUCAGUGACUAUGAGGAGGAACAACUUUCUAAGAUUCAGACAGAGGUGAAUAAUCACAAGAGGAUGAAGGAUUCAGCCAGCCAGGAUAUCCGGGAGCUGGAGGCUCUGAGGCAUCAGAAGGACACGCUUCUUUUCACCAAGGCUUUUUCAGUGAUCAAAGGCAGGAAAUGCCAGUCACUUCCUAACAGGGAUGGUGUGAUGCUGCCAAAGCCACCCAUUACUUUGGAGAAAUCAACAAGAGAUAAUAUUCUGAGACUUUUCCAGCAAUUUGUCUCAAACAUGGAGGUCUCCUUUAAGCAGCCAUCACCUUCGGGAUACCAGCAGCAGGGACGAGGACCAGCACCGGGAUGGGGACAGGGACAGGGACGUAGUGGCCCCUUCUCAUUUGGUUCUACACCAUACCAUGGAUUCACGUUUGGAUCUGCCCCUCAUUUUUCUUUCAACUAGCCUAAUGAAAUACAAAUUCAGUGGCAAUCAUAAUGAUAACAAUCAUAGAAAGCAGGGAAGAGAGAGAGAAAACCCAACCAAAACUAUCAACGCACAGCACAGUUGCUCCCCCAUCACCCGCUCUCUGAUGUCCAGCCACUGUUCCUGAGCAGCACUUGGCUCCUUGUGGCCAUCUCCCCCCAGUUCAUACACUGGCCGUGGUGUUCUGGUGAGUGGAAUAUCCCUUUGGGUCACCAGCCCCAGCUACGCUCCUUCCCAGCUUUUUGUGCACUUCCUCGCUGGCAGAGCGUGAGGCACAGAAAGCUCCUUGGCUCAGGUCUAGCACUGCUCAGCCACAGCCAAACCAUCGUUGUGUUACCAACAUUAUUCCCUACUGAACCCAAAACUGUACCAGCUGCUGAGAAGAGAAUGAAUUCUCAAGAAUGGAGUUCUCAUGAUUAGACUGAAUCCCAGCCCAAACCAGGACAGGACUCCAGUACACACAGUGCCAUCCCAGAGCUGCUGGAAGGAGGAUACCAGCAAUGAGAGAGCUGCUGGAAGCUUGGAAUUGUUUGUGCCUGGUUUGAAUGCUGCCUCUGUGUGUUCCUUAAGUCAAAGAAAUCCAUGGUAGAAGAAACACUGUCUUUUCAUGAUGUGUCUGACAAGGCUGGACAUCCUGUUCAGAACUUCAGGCUUAUAGAGACUGGAACCAUCCCUUUCAAGUGUCCCAUCCAUGCUGCCAUCAGUGUGUUGAAGCUCCUGUAGUAAUGUGGGAACAAGGUGUUGUUUUGCAUUUCCAGGCCUAGAAAUUGUGAGCCUUGCACGGAGGCUGUGCUAAGCUGGCACAUCAGAAAUUGGAUUGUGGGCUGCUGUGAGGGGGUAUGUCACAGCUCCCCGCCUCUUCCUGCAAGAGCUCCUGUCUUAUUUGUUCUGUUAAUCAUAAUGGAAAUACCAUUAAGUUGCUCAUUUUGUUCAGAUGUUUUCAAUACUGUGUUGAGUUCAUGUUAAUAAAGUCGUGUUAUUAGCUUGUUAAA